ACACGUUACAAUGUCUGUAACUUUGCAUACAACACUCGGCGAGCUGAAGAUAGAAAUUUUCUGCGAGGCAGUACCUAAGGCGGCAGAGAAUUUUCUCGCACUAUGCGCGUCUAAGUAUUACGAUGAUUGCAUUUUCCAUCGUAACAUCAAAGGCUUUAUGGCUCAAGCUGGAGAUCCAACCGGUUCCGGCAAGGGUGGUCAGAGCAUAUGGGGUAAACCUUUUGCAGACGAGAUACGCUCCACCUUGAAGUUCAACGCCCGUGGUAUGGUUGCUAUGGCGAAUUCUGGUCCAGACACCAACAAAUCCCAGUUCUUUAUAACCUACGCCAAACAACCCCAUCUUGAUGGCAAGUAUACUAUAUUCGGGAAAGUCAUAGAUGGCGCAGAUUCAACUCUUGACAUCAUGGAACGCGCUCCCGUCAACCCGAAAAACAGACCACUCUCAGAGAUCAAAUUGACACAUAUAACUAUCCACGCAAAUCCGAUCGCUGAUGCACAGUUGGUAUCACGUUGAAUGACUAUCGUAUUCUUGUUUCUGGUAUAUCAACUCGAUGGACAUUAUCACAAAAGUAUUACUGCAGACUGUGUCCUGUUUCCAACUUUACAUGGUGUUGUUUCAAAGGUAAUCCCACGUAAUACACCGCUCGUGGCACUAAAUAUACAACAGAGAACACCCUACUCUAGAAUGUACGUCUGAACGUUGGUAUCAUCGCUUGAUAAACCCUACUAGCUCUUUUUGCAAUUCUCUUUGUCUUCGCGCCUUCUCCAAAUCAUCGACGCUUCGUAAAUCGUAUAUGAUGUCGCGUGUUUUG